UCUCUUCAACGAAGUCGGCUGUUGCUCCCGAACUCUAGGGUUUCCAUCUCAAAACCCUACUCUCCGAUUCGCCGUCAAUCCUUCCGGAGCUUAGGCUACCGACGGCGACGAGGCGGCAGGAGUGCUUCUCAGUCUUCUUCUAGGGUUUCUGGGUUUGAUUGGCGGAGCAGGAGCUCGCAAUGUCGACAGAGAGGAAGCGGAAGGUGAGUCUAUUCGACGUCGUGGAUGAGACAUCCGUAUCGGCAAAGCUUUCCAAGGUCAACGGUUCUUUUUCCUUCAAGCCGCCAGCGGUGCCCUCUGGGAUCAACCGGUGGAACGGACGGCCCUACUCAACGAGAUACUACGAGAUAUUGGAGAAGAGGAAGGCCCUGCCUGUUUGGCAGCAGAAAGAUGAGUUUCUGCAGGUGUUGAAGGCGAACCAAACUGUGAUUUUGGUCGGAGAGACUGGCAGUGGUAAAACAACUCAGAUUCCCCAAUUUGUUUUGGAAUAUGAGGAUGUAGGCAAGCGGUCAAUGGUUGCUUGCACUCAACCUCGACGAGUUGCUGCAAUGUCCGUUUCACGUAGAGUUGCAGAGGAGAUGGAUGUAACAAUAGGAGAAGAAGUUGGUUAUAGCAUUCGAUUUGAAGAUUGCAGUAGUCACAAGACUAUGCUGAAGUACCUAACUGAUGGUAUGCUUUUAAGAGAGGCAAUGGCUGAUCCACUAUUGGAGAGAUAUAAGGUGAUAGUUCUAGAUGAGGCUCACGAGCGAACCUUGGCAACAGAUGUGUUGUUUGGGCUUCUGAAGGAAGUAUUGAAAAAUAGAUCGGAUUUGAAAUUAGUGGUAAUGAGUGCUACCCUUGAGGCUGAGAAGUUCCAGGGUUACUUUAGUGGGGCACCUUUAAUGAAGGUACCUGGUAGGUUGCAUCCGGUGGAAAUUUUCUACACACAGGAUCCUGAAAGAGAUUACUUGGAAGCUGCUAUUCGCACUGUUGUACAGAUACACAUGUGUGAACCUCAGGGUGACAUACUUGUUUUUCUUACUGGAGAGGAAGAAAUAGAAGAUGCAUGUAGGAAAUUAACAAAAGAGAUUAAUAAUUUGGGCGACCAAGUCGGACCUGUGAAAGUUGUGCCUUUGUAUUCCACCCUACCCCCUCUGAUGCAGCAGAAGAUAUUUGAGCCUGCACCAGCACCGCUGGAGGAAGGUGGGCCGCCUGGAAGGAAGAUUGUGGUGUCAACAAACAUUGCGGAAACUUCAUUGACUAUUGAUGGCAUUGUUUAUGUGAUUGAUCCUGGGUUCUCUAAACAAAAGGUGUAUAACCCACGGAUACGUGUAGAAUCUUUACUUAUCUCUCCAAUAUCAAAGGCUAGCGCACAUCAAAGGGCAGGGCGUGCUGGUAGAACACAACCUGGGAAAUGUUUCAGAUUAUACACUGAGAAAAGCUUCAAUGGUGACUUACAUGAACAAACAUAUCCAGAGAUUCUCCGGUCUAAUUUAGCAAAUACAGUUCUUACCUUGAAGAAACUGGGAAUUGAUGAUCUUGUGCAUUUUGACUUUAUGGAUCCUCCUGCUCCUGAAACAUUGAUGCGAGCACUCGAGGUCUUAAACUAUCUUGGUGCUCUUGAUGAUGAUGGCAAUUUAACGAAGCUAGGUGAGAUUAUGAGUGAGUUUCCCUUAGACCCUCAGAUGGCUAAGAUGUUGGUUGUUAGUCCAGAGUUCAACUGCUCCAAUGAAAUUCUCUCAAUAUCUGCAAUGCUCUCAGUACCCAAUUGCUUUCUCCGGCCUAGGGAGGCUCAGAAAGCUGCAGAUGAAGCUAAAGCACGGUUUGGCCACAUUGAUGGAGAUCACCUCACGCUUUUGAAUGUAUAUCAUGCAUACAAGCAAAAUGGCGAGGAUUCUUCAUGGUGUUAUGAGAAUUUUAUAAACCAUAGGACUAUGAAGGCUGCAGACAAUGUGAGGCAGCAGCUUGUGCGCAUCAUGGCUAGGUUCAACAUGAAGCUAUGCAGCACAGACUUCAGCAGCCGAGAUUAUUACAUCAACAUCCGAAAAGCAAUGCUUGCAGGGUACUUCAUGCAGGUAGCUCAUCUAGAGAGGACUGGACAUUAUCUGACAGUUAAGGACAAUCAGGUUGUUCAUCUUCAUCCAUCAACCUGCCUGGAUCAUAAGCCUGAAUGGGUCAUAUACAAUGAGUAUGUUUUGACCAGCAGGAACUUUAUUCGUACAGUAAUGGACAUUAAGGGAGAGUGGUUGAUUGACAUAGCCCCACACUACUAUGAUCUGAGUAAUUUCCCCUCGUGCGAGGCUAAACGAAUGUUGGAGAGAUUGUACAACAACAGGGAGAGGGAGAAGGCUGAUAGUAAAACUAGGAAGUAGAAACAAGCACACAUUUCAUUUCUUCAUCCUUAACUUUUCUUUUCCUAGAUUAUUGAAGUAUUUAAAAUGUUAUAACUAUUUGAAUUGCUUGUAGAACAUGUAUUGUGUCUGUCGUUGAACCCUGCAAAAUAUUGUGUUGAGAUUUGCUUGGAAUAGAAUGGAUAAUGAAUAAAAUAACUUAUGAAAUGA